GCAAACAGAAUAAGUCGACAUUUUGAAUAACCGGCAAUUUCAGGGUAGCAGUGUAGUGUUUGGUAUACUUAGGUUAGAAUAGCUAUUUUCAUAAUUAAAAAUAUUCGUGGUAAAUCUGAAUGUCAUGUGAUUAGUACGAUAUUUUUCGAUAUUAAUAGUGAUUAAUAUUCGAAUGAAAGUUCAUUGAUCUAAAAUAUAUUUUUUGUGGUGAUACAGUAUAUGUCGAAGGUUGUCAAAAUAUCUAUCAACUGUUCUUCUGUCAAAUGAUUUUUAUACGACUUUGAUAAAAAAAGAUAAAUAAUUUAAAUUGCAACAAUAUUAACGAUAUUUCAUGUAUUGAAAAUGGCCGCGAGUGAACCAAGUGUAUCAUUACUUUCUAGAGAAGAUAAUAAGUGGAGAAAAGAUUUAAUUUUUCAAUUACAAGAAAGGAACAAGAGACAAACAUAUUGUUUUGCAGAUCUUAUUAGUUUACAUAAUAGAUUGUUUGAAAGUGCAAAUACAUUACGUGGAGAAAAUAUUCAGCUAACUAUAGCAAAUGAAACUCUCCGUCGUGAAGCAGCAAGUGGGACUCCUGGUUUAAGUGUAAAUGCUGAUCUUGAAGCUCGUCUUCUAAAGCAAGCAGAAGAAUUAGCAACAUUACAUAAAAGAAAAGGAGAACAUACACAACAAAUAGUAGAUCUCAAUAAUAAAUUACAAGAAAUGAUGAAAGAACUUCAAGUUAAAGAAACAAGUCUUGCAGAAAGUAUAGAGCUUAAUACAAAUUUACGUUUAGAAAUAUCUAAAUGUCUUAACAAAGAGAAGGAAUUGGAAAGCAUUAAUCAAAUGUUAAAAGAUGAGCAUCAAGCUUUGCAACUUGCUUUUGCAUCUUUAGAAGAAAAGCUUAGAAAAACACAGGAAGAAAAUCGUCAAUUAAUAGAACGUUUGAUUAAAUACAAAACUCGAGAUGCAGAAAAAGUGAAUGAAGAAAAUGACAACUUUUUGAAUGAGAGUUUUUCCAGUCCGACAGCCUUUUUGAUGCAUACCAUAUCAAAAUUUGGAAAAAGGCAAGCAAAGGUUCAAAAAGAAUUAGAAGAUGCUGCACGUGACACACGACCAGUUAGCCCUGAUAGAUCGAGUUUAAAAGAAGGAAUCGCUGGUCUUCCUACUGCGGUACCGACGAAAGUAUCCGUCACGUUUACUGCACACGACGGAGAAGUUUACGCCGUAAAAUGGUCUCCCGUCGAGAGGAUGCUUGCCACCGGUGGUGCUGACAGGAAGGUGAAGCUUUGGAAUAUCUCAAAAGGCGCUUCAGAGAGCAAAGGUAUUCUCGUUGGUAGCAAUGCUGGAGUGAUGUGCGUCGAUUUCGAUUCUACGGGAACAUUGAUACUUGGAGCGUCGAAUGACUACGCCAGCCGAGUAUGGACUGUCAGUGACUUCCGAUUAAAGCACACUCUAACGGGCCACUGCGGGAAGGUGAUGGCUGCGAAGUUUCUUGGCGAGCCUUCAAAAGUAGUUACUGGCAGUUACGAUCGUACCCUAAAAAUUUGGGACCUGCGUAGCAAAGCGUGUAUAGAAACAAAGUUUGCGGGCUCGAGUUGCAACGAUCUUGUAACCUCAGACGGCGCGGGUUCUACAAUAAUUAGCGGCCAUUUUGACCAUAGGAUUAGAUUUUGGGACACAAGAGCCGAAUCCAGCUCAAAUGACAUUUUAUUGGAAGGAAAGGUCACUUCGCUGGAUUUAUCUCGUGAUGCAAAUUACCUUUUGAGCUGUGUCAGAGAUGAUACAUUGAAACUCAUCGAUCUGCGGAUGAAGAAGAUCAUUGGAUCAUUUAGCGCCGAUGGGUUUAAAGUCGGUUUCGACUGGACACGAGCUACUUUUAGUCCAGAUGGUCAGUACAUAGCGGUUGGUUCUUCAGACGGGUCCGUUUUCAUUUGGUCUGUCGCCACUAACACGAUUGAGACUGUGUUGAAAAACCAUUCAGCUGUGGUGACAGCAGUUUCUUGGCAUCCGCACGGCACCUAUUUCGCAUCUGUGGACCGUGCAAAAACGGUGACAAUAUGGGGCGACCACGUUUAACAGGACAAACAAUCCCAGGAUAGACACGAUUGUCUCGCGUAACGAAGGUGUGCGAGGACUUAAGAAUGUAUCCAUCGAUAUUCCAUUGGCCGUGGCAGAUGGCACCACCGUCAAUAUGAGUUGUGGAUACGAUCUAGAAUCGGAUACUUUGUACACAGUGAAAUGGUACUACAA